AUGAGGAAAGAACCUUCAGUAGGAUGGAAAGAUACUAGGCGAAGCAGUAAGAAAGGUGCAGCACUCAACAUGAUCGACAGACAGAAUGUUUCGAACAUAGAGUUCUGGAACACAGAGAGUAGAAAUCCUUUGCAUUCUGAAAACAGCAGCGGAGGAUCUGACAUAGAUAUGUUUUUUACAUCCACUGAGCACGUUGAUGCUGCUAGUCAAGUAGAUCCGCAGGUAUAUUCCAAAUUUGUGGUGAAAAAAAUUGAAAGAAGCGAUUCUUCUGUUGUACUGAUUGGAGACACAAUUGAGUGCCAUGUAUCUGGAGAAUGGUGCGAUAUUGAUUACAGAGUCAACAUGAAGAUUACUGUUGUGAGGUGUAUGUGUUGUGAUCAUCAAGAAGAUGCGUCUAGCAUUGACUUUGUUGACGAGAUUUUUGACUCAGACAGAGAUGACGAAUACUCUUUAAAUAGGAGUUCUAAUGAAAGUGGCAAGGCUUAUAUAGAUACAAGCAAUACUGAUCAAAAUGUUUGUGUAGAUUCACAUAUAAUUCCAGCAGAUUAUCUAAAUAAAGAGUCAAGGAAGCAGAAAGUAUAUGUGAAUAACCAUGAAAACUAUCUUCUAAUAGAAGACGAUCCUAUUUCUAUUACGACGCUAUGCGAAUCACUUAAUUGCAGAAAUAAGCAUUAUCUGAGCAGUAAGGUUGCAUCCGUACGAUUCACACAUGUCAACCUUAGAAUACUGAUAGGGGUAAUAGCACACUCAGUCCUGCAGAAUGCAUUGAUUUAUAAAAACUUUAGAUCGGACUUUCUGAUAAUGCAAGCAAAGAAGGCGGUUUCUGAGAAUGUGUUAUUGAUGCACAGAUGUGGAGUGCAUGAAAAACUCGUGCUUAAUGAAAUACUGAAGCUUGUGCGAAAUAUACAACAUUUUCAAGGUUACAAGAUUGAUAUUGUGGAGACAGAAAAGAAGCUAACGUCGCUUCUGUUUAGCAUAAAAGGGAAUGCGGAUGCAAUUGGACGUGAUGCUGUUCUUGAGAUAAAAGUAUCAAAAGCGUUGAGAGCAGAAAAUCGUGCACAGGUGAUACUUUACUCAUUAAUGCUAAGUGAGAAGACAGGAAAUAGCUUUGCACCUUAUAUCUACUACAUUCCAUCUAAAGAGCUUGUGGAUGUAAAGAUCAAGCACCGUGAGGUAAGAAGUCUGCUCAACAUGAGGAAUAGGAUUUCUUUAGAGCGUGGCUUGCAGAAGUGUGUUUGUAAUGAUGAAGAGUGUAGAAUUCUUGGUGAGAUAAGUGCUCUGGACGAUUUACAUUUUUUGAAAAGACAGUUGAAUGCAAUUGAUGAGGAGGAAUCAAAAAGCGUUGGGACAAUGAUUCCAAUAUCAUUGAGAUAUCAGAGCACAACCAUUGUAGGAUUAGAAACCGAAGAAAGCUUUAUAAUUCCAAGAUGCAUCCACUUGAGCAUAUUCAGCAAGGACAUGGUUAGAAUUUCAAGAGGAGUUGUGGAAGGAGUUGAAGGAAAUAAUAUGCUUGUUAGACUAAGUGAUGAUAUUAGACUAAACAAGGAGAAGAUGUAUGCAUCUUUUGGAGAUACUAAUGUGUUUUUUAAGUUUAUGCGAUUUUCUCUUAUGCAUGUUGCAUAUCCACGAUAUUGCACUUCUGAAGUAUUGAAUGGGUUUUGCCUUUCUAUGGAGAAGUCAGGAUUGGAUAUUAAUGCAAGUAAUAUUAUCGAUUUUAGCAUUAAUGACAAAUCCAAUCGAUGUCUUGAUAAAGCUUAUAAUGAAGAUGUAUCUGAGGAGUUUAAUAGUUUUGCAUUUUAUUCAGAGGAUGAUGAAAAACAAAAUGGUAAAAUUGAAGCGGAAACCAAUAGACAGGGCAUCUGUACUAUUAGCAUGGACAUAGCUUCGUCUGCAUAUAUUCAGACCAACAUAAAAAAAAUAGUCCAUACAAACCACAAACAAGAGAUGGUUUUUGAAGAUAGCCAGAUCGACACUGAAAAGAUAUGCAUACCUGAGAAAUACAAGCAUGAGUUUCUAAAGCUUAAUGAUGAUCAGCGUUCUGCAUUAUUUCUUUCGUUGAAUUGCAAAAACUAUAGGAUUAUUCAUGGGAUGCCAGGAACAGGCAAGAGUAUGCUGAUAACCUUGAUGAUCAAAAUACUUGUUCAUUGUAAGAAGAAGGUUCUUCUUGUAUGCUAUACGAACCUUGCUCUGAGAAAUAUUGUAGAAAAACUAAAAGGAGUCAAUGCAUAUAUGGCAGGAAAGGAGGAUAUGCAGUUUGAAAAUACAGACGAUGCCAAGAUGUUUUUUGAUAAUAUAGAGCUUGUAUGUGGAACUUGUUUUUCAUUUUCCGACCCGGUCUAUGUAUGCAGGAAGUUUGACUUCUGUGUGAUUGAUGAAGGCUCACAAAUGCACUUACUUCUAGCGUUGAUCCCUGUAAGCAUAUCUGAACGAUUUGUGAUAGUUGGCGACCAUUUGCAGUUGAAACCUCUUUCCAAGAGUUCUAAGGAGCUUAGCCUGUCUCUUUUUGAAUAUCUGCUUGGUAAUGAAUACUCGAAGCUGAGAGUUCAGUAUAGAAUGGGUAAGGAAAUAAUGAGAUUAUCGAACACACUUUUCUAUGGGAAUCAACUACGUGGAGGAGAGCGUCCUUCGAGAGUAGAGUUUCUUAAUACGGAGUAUGUAGACAUUGUAGUACUGGUUUCUUCGCUUUCGAAGUGCACAAUUCUUUGCUACUUUAAUGCGCAGGCUGAUAUGAUCAGAAAGCACACAUCUUGUACUGUUGAGACGGUUGAUAGAUUUCAAGGAAGUGAAGACGACAAGGUGGUUGUUGUUUUUGAUCCUGUGUCCUGCUGUGAGGUAAUGGAAAGCAGCGAACGGUUGAAUGUUGCACUUACAAGAGCAAAGAAGCAUUUGGUUCUUGUGGGAAAUAGAAGCAAAAUGGCUGAAGUGGAGAUACUCAAAAAAUUACUCGACAUCUUAUGA